UCAGUGUACCCACGUUUAGACAGACAUACAUGUGUAGGUACCCUAUCUAUACCUAUGUUUUAUUUGUAAAUUAACAAUUUUGUGUAGAAUUGUGUAAUAAUUAUCACAGAAAACUUUUUCAUAAUAUUAUUUUGUUAAAAAAUGGAAUCAUUUUGAAGGAUUUUAGUGUGUAGAUAUGAAGAUUUAAAAAAAAUUUAAUUGAAGUUACAAUUUAUUUCCGUGUCUUCAUACAGUUUAUGUAAAUCAUAUCAGAGAAGAACUUUUAUUCAAGGGGUGCCAAAAGUGACCGAUUUGGAAGUGUGUGCAGGUGAUUCAUUGUUGAAAUAAAAAAUGCCACCAAAUAUACGUAAAUUACCAAAUGAUUUGGCAUUAAAAGCACAAAAUACAAUAAACGAGGAUGAUGAACGUAUCAGUGAAGAUUUAAAAUCCAUACGUAAUUGGUUAACAAAACAACCCCAUUUAAAUGUUCGUAAUGAUGACCAGUGGUUACUAACAUUUUUACGAGGAUGUAAAUAUAGUUUAGAACGUACGAAAGAAAAAUUAGACACAUUUUAUAUGUUACGAACAUUGAUACCAGAAUUUUUCAAAAACAAGGACCCAACUCAACCGGAGCUAAAAGCUUUAAUAGAUAAUGGACUAUUUUUACCAUUAGAAAAUAAAACAGACCCCACCGGACCAUGUUUAUUAUUUUUCAAACAAGGUGAUUAUGAUCCAACCAAAGUGGAUAUCGUGGAUAUCUUUAAAUAUCUUUUUAUUAUAUUGGAUAUUUUAAUGUAUGAAGAUGAUAAUUUAUCGGUUAGCGGCUUAGUGGUAAUAUGUGAUUUGAAAGGUGUGACGCUAACACAUAUGGCACAGUUUACACCUGGAUUAGCGAAAAAAAGUGUUAGUACUGUACAAAUUGGAUAUCCUAUACGACAAAAAGGAGUACAUUUUAUUAAUACACCAGCAGGAUUUGAUACGUUGUUUAGUUUAUUGAAAGCGUUCGCAUCGGAAAAGCUUAAGAAACGAUAUCAUGUACAUAAAACUAUCGACUCGUUAUAUAAAUUUAUACCAAAGGAAAAUUUUCCAAUGGAAUUGGGUGGAUCAAUUCCAAUGGAUGAAAUGAAAGAAAAAUGGCGAAUUAAAAUUGCAAGCUAUAAAAAUUGGUUAAUUGAAGAUGAACAAUAUUAUUCAGAUGAGAAGUUACGAUUAGGUAAAUCAAAAACAGCUGAAUCAUUGUUUGGUAUCGAAGGAUCGUUUAGAAAAUUGAAUAUCGAUUAGAAAUUUCGUUAAUGGAAGCAUCUAGAAUUUAUUUUCUUUUUAUUCGAUCAUAAAAAGAAUUAAUGCUAAAUCGUGAUACUUUUCUAGAAAAUUUGAGGCUAUGCUGGACAUUCAAUUCUAUUUAUUAUUUAAAUACCGAUUUCCGAAACUGAAUACCAAAAUAAGUUAUUUUAAAUUAGUGAAUUAAAAUAUACGAUUUUUUCCUAAUAUAGUGCUUAGUUCAAUAUUUCAAAUACAAAAUGCUUACCCAAAUAUAAAGUAGAUCAAAAAAUUCUCACGAUAUUUGCCACAAAAAAAUAUAUUCGA